AUGGAUUCUGUAGAAAUGAUAUGGGUACAAGUAUGCUAUUUUGUCGAGUUUAAAAAGACUGAAGAAAGCAAAUGGACAUGGGAUUAUAUAGGAAACGGUGAAGAAAAUGUGGAUAUUCUUUAUGUUCCAUCUAGCAUUUCGUAUAUAGAGUUGUACAACAAAGUGCAAGAACUUGUUAAUGUGGAUUCAAAGUUAUAUGAAAUUGAGAUGAUGUCCCUUAAUCCUGGAAUGUCUAAGUUUUCAGUUCCACCACAAAGGAUUAACAGUGACAUGAAAGUGAAGUGGUUUCUUUCUAUUUGUAAAAAACAUCCUCUUUGCGUGACUAUUUCGACUAAAGUUACAGGUGAAUGUGAUAGUGUAAGGGAGUUUGAAAGAGAUUGUGGAGUAGAAACUAAUGGUGAAGUAGAAAAGGGAGAUGUGAGCCAUCAAAAUGAAGUUGAGCUAUAUGAUGGCGAUCAUGGAAAUGAUAACGUAGAAGAAGGAAACUCUGUGGAUUGGGAUAACUUGCAUAUAAUUCAAGGUAGUUCCGAACAACAAGAUUUCGAAGAUAAAUCUCCUCCGAGAAAUGAAAACAAUGUUGAUUUCUCCAUGGAAGAGGACAUUAUUGGUACUUCAACACAAGUCCUGUGUUCAAUUCCUUAUAGAUCAUCAGUUAGGAUUCCAGAAAAUGAGGAUGUACAUGAUGAUGAACUAUUUCCAACUAAAAGUGCUUUGAUAUCAAAACUCCAGCUACUUGCCGUGAAGUACCAAUUUGAAUUUAAAGUGAAGAAAUCAAAUAAGAGUGUUUAUACAGUCGUUUGUGUUGAGAAAAUUUGUAACUGGCGUUUACGGGCAACGAGCAUAGCUGAAUCUGAGAUUUUUCAAAUACGAAAAUAUUCUAGCCAUCACAUUUGCUCUAUGAGUGUUCGUCGCAGGGAUAAUAGACAUGCUACCUAUUCGGUAAUUGGAAAACAUGUAGCUCCAAAAUAUCAUGAUGCCAACAUAGUGUACAGACCAAGAAACAUUAUCAAUGACGUUCGUCGAGAGUUUGGCAUAACUAUAAAAUAUCACAAGGCGUAUAUGGCCAAAGAAUUUGCUUACAAAGAGGUUCGAGGUAGCCCUGAUGAUAGCUAUGCAAAGUUACCAAUGUAUUGUCACAUUCUGGAGAAAAAUAAUCCUGGUACGUUGACCUUUAUUGAAACCGAUAAUGAUGGACAUUUCAUGUAUUUUUUUAUGGCAUUAGGACCAAGCAUACGUGGAUUUCUCUCUUCAAUUCGACGGGUAAUAUGUGUGGAUGGAACAUUUUUGAAAUCUAAGUAUCGAGGUACGUUACUUGUUGCCACAUGCCAAGAUGCAAAUCGUCAAAUUUAUCCACUUGCGUGGGGCAUAGUGGAUUCAGAAAACAAUGACUCAUGGACUUGGUUCUUUCAGAAGUUACGACAGAUAACCGAUGACACAGACGAGCUAGUCUUUAUAUCUGACCGUGCAACAAGCAUAUCAAAUGGUUUCAACAGCGUCUAUCUUAACGCACAUCAUGGACAUUGUAUAUGGCAUUUGCAAACUAACUUGAAGAGCAAAUUCCCUCGCAUAGAUAUUGUGCCAUUGUUUAGAGCUACUGCACAGGCAUAUAGUUUGGCAAAAUUUGAGAUUAAUAUGCAAGCAUUGUGCAGUCUACACGAGAAAAUCAGAGAAUACUUAGAGGAAGAGGUUGGCGUGGAGUAUUGGUCAAGAGCACAUUUCAAUGGAAUCAGAUACAAUACUAUGACCACAAACAAUGCAGAAUCAUUAAAUUCAUUGUUGAGAAGUGCUCGAGAAUUUCCUAUACUUGCUUUGAUCGAGUAUAUCAGGGAAAAGAUGCAGAGUUGGUUUCAUGAUAGGCGCAUUGAUGCCGAAAAAUGUACAAGCUAUCUCACCCCGCCAAUGGAGGAGAAAAUGUACGAUAGGUAUAAUGAGUCAAAAGGUUUUGAGGUAAAAGCUCUUAGCCCAGAUGAAAUGCAAGUGAGUGAUAAAAUGGAAAGUUUCAUUGUUAAUUUGGAGAGGGGGACAUGCACAUGUAAGGAAUUUGAUCUGGACCAAUUUCCAUGUGCACAUGCAAUUGCAGUAGUAAGGGAUGUUGGAGACAACUGUUACAGGUUUUGCUCUCCAUUUUAUAGCACUUCUUACUGGAAACAAGCUUAUUCUGAAUAUAUAUAUCCACUGUCAAAUGAGGUGGACUGGGAAAUUCCCGAUAGUGUUCGAUCAAGAAAGGUGAUACGACCGUUGACACGAAGAGGAAGUGGACGUCCACCAAAAAAAAGGAAACAAUCAACCGGAGAGGUGUGCAAGUCUCGUAAGUGCAGUAGGUGUUUGAAAACUGGGCAUAACCGUAUCACUUGUACAGAUCGUGCACCACUUAGCGAGAGACAUGAAUGA